CGUGCUACGUGUCUGUCGUGUAACCAAAAUCGCUCUCACAAAGUACCGUAAAUCGGGACUUGGCCACUUAUUUGACGUGACAUCGUAGAAAUUAGACUUAUCCGAAGUAAAUCUGUGAUCCUUUUAGUUUAAUUCAGUGCCCAUCAAAAUGGGGAUCAAAUUUUUAGAAGUAAUCAAACCGUUCUGCAGUAUCCUGCCUGAAAUAGCCAAGCCUGAAAGAAAGAUUCAAUUCAGGGAGAAAGUACUAUGGACGGCGAUCACACUUUUCAUUUUUCUCGUAUGUUGUCAGAUUCCACUGUUUGGCAUUAUGAGUUCAGACUCGGCCGAUCCGUUUUAUUGGAUACGUGUAAUUUUAGCUUCAAACAGAGGAACCCUGAUGGAGUUGGGUAUUUCCCCGAUUGUUACUUCCGGAUUGAUUAUGCAACUUCUAGCAGGAGCGAAGAUAAUUGAAGUUGGGGAUACACCGAAAGACCGAGCUUUGUUCAACGGCGCACAAAAAUUAUUCGGUAUGGUCAUCACCGUGGGCCAAGCCAUCGUAUACGUAAUGACCGGCAUGUACGGAGACCCCGCCGAAAUAGGCGCAGGUGUAUGUCUCUUAAUCAUCAUCCAACUGUUCGUUGCUGGUCUCAUUGUUCUACUCCUCGACGAACUCCUCCAAAAAGGCUACGGUCUUGGUUCUGGCAUUUCCCUCUUCAUUGCAACCAACAUUUGUGAAACAAUCAUCUGGAAGGCGUUCUCACCAGCCACAGUAAACACCGGCCGAGGAACGGAAUUCGAAGGCGCUGUAAUCGCCCUCUUCCACCUACUGACCACACGUCAGGACAAAAUCCGAGCACUUCGUGAGGCCUUCUACCGUCAAAAUCUACCCAACUUGAUGAAUCUUCUAGCCACUGUUCUCGUUUUUGCGAUAGUUAUAUACUUCCAAGGGUUCAGGGUUGAUCUCCCAAUCAAAAGUGCGAGAUACCGUGGCCAGUACUCGAGUUAUCCGAUCAAACUUUUCUACACUUCUAAUAUCCCCAUUAUUUUGCAAUCAGCUCUGGUUUCGAAUCUUUACGUUAUUUCGCAAAUGUUGGCCGUCAAAUUCCAAGGCAACUUCCUUAUUAAUUUAUUAGGGGUUUGGGCUGAUGUUGGUGGUGGGGGCCCAGCUCGCUCUUAUCCAAUCGGAGGUCUCUGUUACUACCUCUCCCCUCCUGAAAGCGUCGGUCAUAUUCUUGAAGACCCGAUUCACGCACUUUUGUACAUUGUCUUCAUGUUGGGUUCUUGUGCCUUCUUCUCCAAGACGUGGAUCGAGGUGUCCGGAAGUUCAGCAAAAGAUGUAGCGAAGCAGUUGAAGGAGCAACAGAUGGUCAUGAGGGGACAUCGCGAUAAUUCGAUGAUUCACGAACUGAACCGGUAUAUUCCGACAGCAGCAGCUUUCGGCGGGCUUUGUAUCGGAGCUCUGUCUGUUUUGGCCGAUUUCUUGGGUGCGAUUGGUUCAGGCACCGGUAUUUUGCUGGCUGUCACUAUUAUUUACCAGUACUUCGAAAUUUUUGUUAAAGAACAGAGCGAUAUGGGCGGCAUGGGGGCCCUUCUAUUUUAAAGCAAUCGAAAUAUCGUGCGUGCGAUAUUGUGAUUUUCUUAUUGUUAAUUGUAAAUGUUGACUGUCGCAUUUGCUCAUUCUUACAGGUGUAGAUUUAGUUAAUUGAGGAUGCGACAGUUAACGUUUUGUCUUGAUCAGGUGUGAUCAAUUUUUUGUACUAAGAAGAUAAUAUUACAAAUAUUUUUUCAUUGUAUAUUCACAUUUAGUUCCCCUCUGCAUUUUAUGGAUGUUGAUAUUUGUGAAUGGCGCUCCGUAAGACACGUCUGGUAUUUACAUACUUGCAUCAUUUUCAUGCAAACGGUUGUGUGUUUUGGUCAUUUUGUUAUAGAUUAUAAUUUAUUUUAAAUACAACUAAUUUCCAUAAU